AAUACUAUGAAAAUAAAAGUGAGAAGCAUGGGUCCAAAACUUCAAAUACACAAAGAUUUAAACAUAAAAGGAUUGAGAAAAAGCUUCUUUUUUUUUUUAAUUAUUUAUUGCCAACAUGCACUAGAAUGACUUUUGAGGUCUUGAUUCCCAAAACAGACCACAGCAGCAGUGAAUCCCAGCAAGGAACCAAAAAAUAAAACUUGAAAAAUUUCAAGUGGUUUCCUUGUCAGUCGAAGGCUUAAUAUCUUCUUCCCCACUUCUGCAUUCUAUGCCCAAAUUAACCAUUAACAAACCCAAGCUCUACCUUCAUGCCUAAUAUGCAACCCUUCAUCCUCAUCCUUCUCUCCAUCUCCUUUUCUCUCAUUGCCACCGAUGCCAAUGCUGCAUCUCCAAAUCCAUUCACAGCCAAGGCUGCACUCAUUCGCUACUGGGAUCGCAAGAUCCCAAAUCAACGUCCUCAUCCAUCCUUCCUCCUAUUUAAACUCUCCCCACUCUCUGCUCUUGAUUGCACUACCUACUCCUCUUUGCUUUCCUCUAAUCCAUCAUCACUCACUCCCCAUAUCCUAACCUUCUGCUCUGCAGCUCAUCUUCUCUGUUCCCCAUCCCUCACUUCCAAAUCACCCAAAGACUCCAACUUCGCCAACUACAACAACGUCAACUUCACCAACUACGGCAACCACAUCCACUCCGGGCAAGAAUCCUUCAAGAACUACUCCAAAUCCCAACUCGUCCCCAUCGACGUCUUCACAACCUACUCCAAAGACUCCGUUUCCCACGAUGAGGCAUUCAAAGCAUACUCCCCUAACGGCACCAUCAUCACUGACAACUUCACUUCCUACGCUUCCGCCGCCGUCGACGGCUCCGGUGACUUCACCUCCUACGGCCGCUCCUCCGGUGUCCCCCUUCUCAACUUCGCCAACUACGAAACUGGCAGCAAUGGCCAUACCCAGAACUUCACUUCCUAUGCCACAUCCAACGAUGAAGCUCUCCUUUCCUUCCUACAGUACAGCAAGCAAAGCAAUGCCGUUCCCUCUGUCUUCACGUCCUACACCAAAAACAAUAGCAUUGGGAUCUCAAACUUUAAGGGCUACGGCGAAGGUGCUAACAAUCCAUUGGAUGCUUUCAAGAAGUACGGUACUGAUGAUAAGAUUUCUCAUCAAAAUUUCAAGUCAUACGGUGAUCAUGCCACUGCCGGUACCCAGUCUUUCUCUAGUUAUCGUGGAAAAUUGGAUGAUGGUGAUUCGGUGUUUGAGUCUUAUGGUAAGCUUGGGAACAAUCCGACAUUAGAGUUCACCACUUACGGGAAACCGAUACCAAGAGGCACCGACCAUUUCACCGGCUACGGCGAGGCAGCUACGGACCCGAAGGUGAAUUUUAAGACGUAUAGAGGCAUGCCAACUGAGUUCAAGACCUAUGCUAAGACUGGUGUUGUCUUCAAGGACUACCACAAUAGCACCAUCCCACCUUUGGUUAAGUUGAGUAGCAAACCUGUGAAUAAAUGGGUUGAACCGGGUAAAUUCUUUAGAGAGGGCAGCUUGAAUGAGGGGACAGUGAUGCCAAUACCUGAUAUCCGGGAUAAGAUGCCAGAAAGGUCGUUUUUGCCCAAAGAUAUUUCGGGGAAAUUACCGUUCGAUGCUAUUGAGCUUGGUAAGAUCUUUAACGCACCUGCUGGCACUGGGUUGGGUCGGGCCAUUGCGGACACAAUCAGCGAGUGCGAGCGCGCGUCCAGCCGGGGUGAGACGAAGCGGUGCACGACGUCGGCCGAGGAUAUGAUCGAUUUCGCAGUGUCGGUGCUCGGGAACGACGCGGUGCCGCGGACCACUGAGAGCGCGGGCGGGUCCGGAACCAACAUCGUGAUCGGGAAAGUCAAAGGGAUUAAUGGUGGCAGGGUGACCAAAUCAGUGUCAUGCCAUCAGAGCUUGUUUCCAUAUCUGGUAUAUUACUGUCACUCGGUGCCCAAGGUGCGGGUAUACCAAGCUGAAAUCCUGAGCGUUGAAUCAAAGAAGAAGAUAAAUCAAGGUGUGGCCAUUUGUCACCUGGACACGUCGGACUGGAGUGCGGGUCAUGGCGCGUUUGUGGCGCUUGGGUCGAAACCGGGUGUGAUCGAAGUGUGUCACUGGAUUUUUGAAGGUGAUCUCACGUGGGCAGCUGCUGAUUGAGAUUUUUUUUAUUUUAGCAUCGUACUAUCAUGAUUUAUGUGGGUAUGUUGUAACUUUGAAUGGGCUUAUUUUUUAUUGUGCUGGUUCUCAAUUAUGAAGGCCAUCUGUUAUGUACUUUUAAGUAUGUGAAAGGUUCUUUUC